AUGGCUCACGACAUCGCACAAGACAACCGGAAGAUCUCUACAGCGAAGGAGGACGGAUCACCUACUCCGACCCUCCGUGAACAUCCCAGUGACCCGGUCGAACCGCCCGAAAGUGAUCUCAACCGUCCAACACCCAAUAAUGGAGGCGAAAAGGCAGGUCACGAUCAAUCUUCUGCUUCUUCGGACCCGAACCUCCUCAUCGUCGACUGGGAUGGCCCUGACGAUCCUCAAAACCCUAAAAAUUGGAGUUACAGGCAAAAAUGGGCUGCCACCAUCGUUGUCUCCUCCUUCACGUUCAUCAGUCCCGUCUCCUCCUCGAUGAUUGCUCCCGCCGCCAACCAGGUCGCACAGGACUUCAACAUUACGAGCGAUGUGAUGGUUGCCCUUACUACUUCCAUAUUCGUCUUGGCCUAUGCUGUUGGACCCUUAUUCCUCGGACCCCUCAGUGAAAUAUUCGGACGCUCGCGGGUUCUGCAAAUUGCCAACAUGUGGUAUCUCGUCUGGAAUCUGGCAUGUGGCUUUGCUCAGAAUGAGGGCCAACUCCUUGGCUUCCGGCUCCUGGCUGGUUUGGGUGGAAGUGCCCCCCUUUCGAUAGGUGGUGGCGUUCUCGGAGACUGCUGGAGACCCGAAGAGCGCGGAAGAGCAAUGGCAGCAUACUCGCUCGCCCCGCUGCUGGGUCCCGUCGUCGGCCCCAUCGCGGGAGGAUGGAUCGCGGAAUACUCGACAUGGCGAUGGGUAUUCUGGUCUUCCAGUAUUGUGGACGGUGUGAUUCAGGUGUUCGGUUUGUUCUAUCUCCAAGAGACCUUUGCACCACUUCUUCUGGAGCGGAAGGCAGAAAGAAUACGGAAGUCGAUGGACACAGAGAAGGUGCAGUACAAGGAGGUUAGGACGGUAUUUGAAGGUGAACACAGAAAAUGGCAAACUAUCUUCAGAAAGGCCAUGUUCCGCCCAUUCGUCCUCUUCUUCCACGAGCCCAUCAUCCAGCUUCUGGGUGUAUACAUGGCUUACCUCUACGGAAUUAUGUACCUCUUCCUCACGACGAUGCCCGACAUCUUCGGCACACUCUACAACGAAUCUCCUGGCAUCGCGGGGCUCAACUACAUCGCACUGGGCGUUGGCCUCACGGGUGCGUCGCAACUCAACGCGCGCACGCUCGACCGCAUCUACAUCUACUACAAGAACAAGAACGGAGGCGUCGGCAGGCCUGAGUUUCGUCUGCCAUCCAUGGCCAUCGGGACGGUCAUCCUGCCCAUUGGGCUGCUAAUCGCGGGCUGGACGGCGCAGUAUAAGGUGCAUUGGAUUGCGCCUGAUAUCGGUAUCGCGCUUGUCGGUGCUGGCGUUAUUCUGAACUUCCAGUGUAUCCAAACGUACGUUGUCGACACGUUCACGCUGCAUGCUGCUUCCGCUCUCGCCGCCGUGAGUUGCCUGCGCUCACUCGCCGGCUUCGGAUUCCCGUUGUUUGCACCAACGAUGUACAACGCGCUCGGGUACGGUAAGGGCAAUACGAUUCUAGCUGCCGCCGCUAUCGGAAUUGGCUGUCCUGCUCCCUUCAUCUUCUGGUUCUACGGCGAGCGCAUCCGGCAGUGGAGCAAGCACGGAAAAUAAGCGUGAGGCUU